AAUUUAUUUUCUAAUUUCAAUUUCAAUUUCAAUUUCAAUUUCAACUUCUCUCCUUUGUCAAGCGCUAGACUUGCUGAGGAAGCUGCCAUUUUCUUGUACUCAUUGUGAAUGACGAACCCUCUAAUGUUCAAUUUAUCUGUAUUUUUAACAUAAUUGAGUAGGAUUUUUGAGCUUGAUAAUUGUGGAACUUUUUCUGGGGUUUAAAUGAUAAUGAAUCCGAACGUAGUAGUACUCAGUGAUCACAUAAUUAGUGGGGUGAAGAUUGAGGAGGAAAAUGUGGCUAAUUUUGAUGGUGUGUUUGAUGAGGGUUUAGAUGACUCUGGAAUUAAGUCGAGUGAGCAAGAACAAAGAUGUAGGGAAAUUGAAUUAGAAAUUCAAAACAAAGAAAGGAAUUUGGUAACAAUUAUAAGCAAGAUUAGGGUUUUAGGUGGUGAGAAAUUAAGAGUUGAAGAGGAAAUUAAGGGUUUGAAGGAGAAAAAGGCUGUUCUUAUUGGAGCUAAGGGAAAUGCCCCAAUUAUCAUGACCCCGAAAAACAAAAGAAAGCGCGGUGAGGGUGAUGAUGAUGAUAGUCUUCCAAUUAGUCGAUUCCCCAUAAGAAAUAUUGCUCGGGGCUCAAGUCAACGUGCUGGUCCCUUGAAUCCAACUCCUCCAAGGAGGCUUUUUAAAUUGGAGAACAAUGACGGCGAGGGUGGAGAAGGGGACGAUGAUGUUAUACCAAAAAACCGGGUUUUUAAAAGGGUUGCUAAGGAAAGUGAGAGUGAUGAUGAUGAUCAUCCGCUUUUAUUUAGUAGACAACUCCGCAUGAGAAAUAUUGCUCGGGAAUCAAGUAAACGUGCUGAGCCCUUGAAUCCAACUCGUCCAAAGAGGAUUUUAAAAUUGGAGAACAAUGACGGCAUGGGUGAAGAUGGUACACCAACAAGACGGGGUUUUAAAAGGGUUGAUAGGGAAAGUGGGAGUGAUGAUGAUGUGAGUUUACCAAUUAGUCAACUCCUUAGUAGAAAAAUUGCUCGGGAAUCAAGUCAACGUUCUGAGUCCUUGAAUCCAACUCGUCCAAGGAGGAUUUUUAAGUUUGAGAACAAUGAUGGCGAGGGUGAAGAUGGGGAUGAAUCGGAUGAUGAUAUAAAACCAACAAGGCGGGGUUUUAAAAGGGUUCCUAGGGAAAAUGAGAGUGAUGAUGAUGAUGAUUGUUUACCAAUUUGUCAACUCCUUAGUAGAAAUAUUGCUCGGGCCUCAAGUCAAUGUGCUAGCCCCUUGAAUCCAACUCGUCCAAGGAGGCGUUUGGUUAAGUGUGGACAAGAUGAACUGAAAGAUAAACCUCAGAAAAUUGGAAAUGUUGCAGAUGAUCAUGAGUCAUCAGAAGAUGAGUCAGAAAGUAGUGAUAGAAGCUUAGGUAGUUUCAUUGUUGAUGACUCUGAUUGUGAAGAUGUAAAAGAUGAUUUGUCAAAAGAAGUUAGUGGAGAUGAUGAUUCUGAUGAUGAUUUUGAUGAAGAGGUAUCAGAUAAUGAUCUUAAUUUCAAAGAUAUACUCUCUAGACUACAGAGCAGAAGACAUCCUGAUUCAAAGUGGGUUUCAGAAGCUGAUAUGCUCUCUGACUUUGGUAAGAAUCCUGAGUUGUGUAUGAAAGCUGUUUGUGCUCUUUAUCGGUUGCAAACCAACGAAGAAAAGGUUUGUAAGGCAAGCAUUGUUCAUAAUGGACGAGGGUUUAGUACAUCGGAUGCAACAAGAGGAACAUUCUUGGGGGAAUUUCUUACUGAUGGAGUACCAAACGGAAAUGGAGAAAUGGUAAAAACUGUGGAGGAAUUACAAGAGUAUCAUCCAAGCGGAGUUGAAGAUUGUCGUUCAUUGGCAAACCAUUAUUCUAAGCAACUGUUCAAGAUUUACGAGAGUGGAGACGAUCCUUACUUUCUGUAAUCUCCUAAAUCUUCUUAAACAUGGGCAUGUUUUACACUUUUAAGGCACUUACCAGUUUCAACUUUUUCUACUGGUUCAGUUUAUAACCUAUAUCAGUAGUAGUAAACUUAUUUUUGGGAGGUUAAUGUGUAUAUCUGGUUAGUUAUAUCCCUUGUAAUAUCUGUUACUGGUAAAAUGGUACUCUCUGCAUUUGCCCAUGGUAAAUCCUCGUAUGUGAACAAUGAAUUUUGUAUUCAUACAUCUAUCAAUAUAUAUAGGGAUGUUUUUGUGUUUA